ACUAUAGUUUUUUAAUAGUGUAAUAGUUUAACUUCGUGUUCAUAGUGUUCGUUAUAGUAGUAGUGUUCGUUCAUAGUAAUCGUUAAAAACGUUCGAUUUCUGCGGCGAGCUAGAAGUGAAAGAUAAAUCGCGUGAUAAACAUUUUUACGUUCUGUUGUCUUGACUGUGCGCUAUGCGUCAGAUUGGAAGGAAAGCAAACCGUCUUCAUCUUCAUUUCAGCAUAAGCUCGCAUUUUGGAUCACCCAGCCUGUGCCUGUGGUAACAUUUGUAGUAAAUCAGAGUUCCCACUUUAAUUAAAAGUACAGAUUGCACAGAUUCUUUAAAAUAUUCGGAUACAAUAUCUCGUUUCGAACAGUACAUAUGUGUGUACAUAUAAAACUGAUGUGUGUGUGUAACCAAAGCUAUCUGGGUCUUUUGUGAGAGAGAGCUCCUCCACUUUUUGGGUACAUACAUAUGUACAUACAUAUAUGUACAGAAGUAUGACUGUGAUCAAAACGCAUCCUCAAUAAUAAACAAAAAAAUAACAGAAAAGCCCCUUGCAGUUACACCAAAAUCUUGUUGAUGCUUACUCGCGUUUCUUGGACUUUUAAAGAGGUGCCACGAAGUAUCUUAGCAGUUACUCAAUCGUGCUAGUGGGAGAGAGAUCUACCACUAGAAGACUGUACAGAAGAGAUACGCAGAAGAGCGACGCACGCCCUCCUUUUAUACAACCAAGAAUCACUUUAAAAGUAUUUACAGAACUUCAAAUCAAAAAUUAUCAAAAAAAUGCCAUUUUCUCGGAACGAGGAGCCCAACGAGCCGCAGUAUAACGAGAGCGAUGUGGUAUGGGUAAAAAUACACAACACAGAGAUCUGGUGGCCUGGCGAAGUUACCUUGUCUCAGAAAAUUCGAUUCGUCAAGACCAGUCGGCCGCCCUUUGCAGUUGUUGCCUUUUUCAACGAGAAAACAUACGAGCAAGUCACAUCAAACAGACUGAUUUAUCCAUUUGAAUGCUCCAAAAAAGAGGAGUUCAUCCAACGCGGUAUCAGAAAAGCCGAAGCAAUAAGCACGGAAAUGAGGGUCAAGUUUAAUGAUGAUGUAGCAAUCGCAGAGUCUCGUAACCAUCAUCAACGGUUAAAUGCGCACGCCGCUUCACGACCAGAUAGUCUGAUCAAGGCGCUCCUCUCGAGCAGCAGCAACAGCCAGAUCAGCAGCACCCGCAGCUGCAACGGGCUUUCAUCGGCGCCUAAGCAAGAGUCCACUUUUCGUAUUAUGGAUAUUGCGCGAGCAGCUGAAGCAGUGCCAGAGCGCUUUACCGAGGCCAGCUACGAGUGCAGCAUGUGCAGUUUCCGUACCAGCAGUAUGAAUGUUCUCCUCAUUCACCGACGUGGGCACCUGGAGUCGUCCAGCAAAUAUAGCACUAGCAGCAACAUCAGCCAGAACGCCAGCAGUAACAGCCCCAACAGGCAGAUAAGAGCAGCCAGACGCGCCAACACCACUAAUGAUUUCGAUUCUCCCCAACUUUUUGGAAGGCGCAGUGAGGACAGCAGCAACCACUUCCGUUGCCACUCGCGCCACGUCUCGAUUGUGGUGGACGCCUCACUCGGCGAUGAGGCCCAGCGCAGAGUGGCUUCUAUAGCCCAGAACACUAUGGAAAGCAUUGAGCGUGUGGUACAGCCCAUGGCUCAUAGCAACAACAACUCCAGGGCGUCUUCGCCUCAGGUUCAGUCCCCGCGUCAAAGCAGACAGAACCGACGGGACCCGCGCAGUCAGCGCUUGAACAGGUUGCGCGCCACAAUGCCUGCUCCUGAACAGCCUCCGGCAAAGCAGCGGCGUCUUACACGCUCCAUGACCCGUCAUCAGCAUGGCUUUUCUCUAACCGAAGAGAGACCGCAAUCGCUAGCUUUGAAACUGCCUCCGCGUGGUAUUGCCACUGAAAGUCGCCGCUCCUUGGAAACGACUAUCGCUGAGCAGGCUAUGUUCGUACCCAAGCAGGCCAGUCAGGCAAAGCAGACCUUAAAGAAAACAACCGUUAUAGAUCAAGGAUCAGAACAAAUCUCACUUGAAUGUGGCUCACCAAAAAAGAAACCAAGAAAGAGAGCAGCCUCGAAAACCAAUUCACCGAAUUCUUCUCUAGUAGUCAGAGAAGAAAAAAAAUCUGAAAACGUAGCUAGUUAUUCCAAAUACACAUAUGAUGUAUUUCAGUAUGGUGCUUCUCUACGAAAGAAUGCAGUUCUCGCUGAAAAUUCUCCAUCGCCAUUACCAAUAACACCCACACCAGCACCGGCGCAGACACCAAAUGUAAGUUAUUCUCAGUCGCAAGUCACGGCCUCUUUCGAGCUUCAACUAAGUCUGAUGGCCGAGUGGGGCGACGAUGAAUGUGAGGAGCCCUUAGAUGUCUUAAUUGAUCACAAGGAAACGAUUGAUAAAGUUCAGAACAGGGAAAUAGAACCGGAACAGAAUAGAAGCAUCCAUUUAAAGAAACGAAUACGAAACAUACCAAAGAAGGACCGGAGGGACGUGGUGCUCUUGGAGUUCGACGGUGACAGCAAGCUGGAAACGGCAGACGAACCAAUCGUCAUUCAGGACAGCGAUGCUAGCUCUAACGAGAGUGUCGUUUUUGUUAAGGAUCUGGUUCUAACGUGCGACAGAGGUAAUGAAAAUGACAAAUGCAAGGCCCAUAAUUCCUCCUCCUGCUUUGACUUUGAAGAGGAGGAGGAUCUGCAGCAACAGGAUGAGAAAAAUAAGUUGAGCUACAGACUUCGCACUCACCUCCAUGGCGCUAAUGGCAAAGGCACUGUUGAUAUAGAAGAUUGGCCCGUGUCGACAGCGUUGUCAAAGGAAGCCGGGAAUAUUCUGCAGCUGGGACAAGCGUCGACAGCACGAACUAGAUCUAAAGUCAAUAUUUGCAAUGACGUUGUAUUCAAGGGCUUCGACGAUGAAUUACAAUUGUCGGCUGCCGCAGCCACUGAUGAGAGUAAUCGAUAUUUUAAACCAAUCGACGAUCAGGAAAUUUUGCAUCCAUACGCUGAGCCUGAACCAGAUGAAACGGAGCUUACUGCCGAUCGGCUGAGCUUACCAAUCAAGGAACGGCAGAAGCGCAUUUUUAAGUCGCGCAACAAAUCGAUGGAGGCAGUGACGAAAGAUGAAAGUCCUCCAAUGUCGGUAUUCACACUACCUAGUGACGAGGAAGAGGAUGCCGGCAGCAGCGGCGCAUCUCUUCACUUGAUCAGCGGGGGAGGAGUCUCUCCCCAAUUACCUAAUGGCGGGCACAGCCUCACAAGCAGCGCGAGCAAGAGCAGCAGAAGCAGUAAAAUUAGCAGUAGAAACAGCAGCAAAAAAUGUAAUCGUUUAAACAGUCAACCCAGAAGAGAUUUAUCCCGUAAACAGCAGCGACUGUCUAAGCUAAAGGCUCGAUUAAAGCUAAAGUCCAAACCAACGGCCAAGGAACUUAGCAACAUCUGUAGCAGCAACAGCAAUAAUAUCUCAAAUUCCAGUUCAAUUUCAAAGACAAGUAGAAUUGCUUCCCCCCUUUUCAGCUCCAGCACGAGUUGCUCGAUUGCCUCAAAUAUCGCUGUGAUCUCAGCGGAGGAGGCACAGGAGCUUCAAAGAGCCGCGUCGGGAUCAGUUCUCAAUGCAGCCAUUGUGGAUGCCACUCAGCCUGUGCAGCGAGGGGGUGUUUUAAUUCUGGAGGACAUACGGCUGCCCAAUCUUUACGAUCGCCUUCCCUUUGGCAGCCUACAUUCGUCAGACAGCAAUGAUAGCCGGCGCGAGAAGUCAAACGACGAGGUAGCCGUCGAGGAGGAACAUUUAAGAUACAUAGAUGAGCAGGAUUCGGAAGAAGUUGAAAAAGACGUACCUCAUGGAGCUAAGUCCGAGCUGGCGGCCAAUCAUAUUAGCGUGAAAGUGCUGGACGAAGUCCACGGGGUUGAACCACAAGAGCCUGGCCCAGAGCAAAAGCCCGAAUCUGAGCUGAAGCUUGAACCUGAACCAGAGCAGCCGAAUCUGGAGCUCGAUCCAGAGCAAGAACAGGGACUAGACUCUGAGACAUUCCAAGAGCCAGGGUCUGAGCAAGAGACGAAACUGGUUGCCUCAGCAAUGGCACCCACAGUGUCCUUUGUGCCCCAAAAACGGGAGCUGCUUUUGAAAAAGAGGGAGCAAGAACUACUUCGACAAUACGAGGCUGAUCUGGUCAGCGGACGGAGUGCCGAAAAGUGCCGCAGGGCGCGGGAACGCUGGAGCCAAGAAGUAAAAUCUACAGGGGAUAUGUCUUUUGAUUCAGAUAGAAAUCUGCUACCAAAGCCAGUAUCUCUAGACAUGGAAUUAAGAACACCUCAGGUAGAUGUAGCUGGUCAACUAGAACAAAAGCUUCCUCAGACAGUUAUGGAGGCGGAAGAGUCGGAAGUAGAGAAGCCAUCCACGCUGGACUCUCGAAUCGAAAUGAGCCUUGUAGAAUCGGUGAGCUCGUUACCUGAGCCACAGAGACAGAUAUCCUCAGCGGUUUUGGCAGUAACUCCAGUGUUGUCACUUCUUGCUCGCCAUCCGGCCAGCUCUUCGCAGGUAAAUUCAUCAACAGCCUCCACCAUAUCCAAGAGCGGGGACCUGAGCUAUGCCCAGAACUUUUGCGACGAAGACGUUGCCAAAGCCCACCACCAGUUGGAAGAGCUGCGUGACCAGCAACGCCGUCGCUCGAGCUCGUUGCCCAUGCCGCUCUUGCCAUUUGGGCAGCGGCGGCAGCGUCGACGCUUUCGCAAUGUAGGGAGCGACAACGUAGGGAGCGUCAUCCGCCACGAUACCGUUGAGACGUCAUGUGAUACGAAGGAACAGCACGAGAGUCUAGAAAAUCCCCAAUUGUGCGCAGGGCGCAUCUGCGCUGUCAUGACUCGUCCCAUACCGGGCUACAACCAUACAUUUAUGCUCUGUUCGCUGGUCAACAACAACUUCAUGCCGUUGAACAACGUGGUGUUGUACCUGGAUAGCGAGAAGAACCACCUCGUGCCGGUGCCGCGAGAGGCGUUGCUGGAGCCGCCACGUCUUGCAGAUGGCCAUCCAAUGUCAGCUGUUUUUGCGGACAUUGACUUCCGUGGUGGCCAGGCUGUGGCUCAGGUAGUGGAGCCAGCGGAUAUGGAGACAGAGAUGAGCACAGAUUUUGAGCAGAACAGUUAUGAACAGUUCGACGCACCCGAGCCGCAAGUUUCAGUGACGUCGUCUAUGCAGGUCGUUAAUAGUCAGGCGGAGGAGACCACAUACGAACAAAAACAGGUGGAAAUAUUGGGUAUCAUGACGCCCCUAAGCCAAGUGGCCGAAGGGGUUAUGCCUUUGGCCAGCUUUGGUGGCACCAUCAAUGAAGACGAGGAGUUGUCGCUGCACGAGGACCAAUUACAGUCUAACGUAUUGCAGCUAAAUGUCCACGGGCAUCGCCUUGAACUGGACCCUUCAGUCCUUUUUACCAUUGCAGAACAGCCAGAUUCUUGCAUCGAGCUAAAUGUCGCUGAGACUGGCGCCAGCAGUGUCAGGGCCGUGCUUCAUGCGCGCGAUAUACUUCAAGCAGCCCAGGCAUACCUUCAGGAGCGCGACUUGCAGCUGGUCAAUGUGGAAGAUAUGACCUUAGACGAGGAGGAAGUCUGUGGAACAUCGGCAAUUACAGUCCCCGGCACGGACCUGCUGGCCGAAGCACUUGCUGAAUGCCAAGUGGUCAACGACAUCGAUUAUGUAAACGCAGCCAACACUAGUGUGGCUUUGCUACACAUAGAGACACGAAGCUCUGCCGGCACUGGCCUCAUAGACGUUGGCGACGAGGAUUCUGACGGCGUCGUGUUUGUCUCACACGUGCUACCGCUAGAUGCUGCACACCUCACACCACCCAUCAUGGCUCGCACCAACGAAACGAAUGCACUUCUCAACCAGACGCCUAUAAUGUCGACGCUGGAGAAUCCGAGCGCUGUGCAGCUGAGAUGCGUCUCUCCCCUGGGCGAGGUUAACCUGGAUGACAGUUUGGCCGUCAUCGGUGUCACAAACACUAGUGGCGUACCCACCUCACUAGAACUCCCAAUAACCGUAACGAAUCCGGCUAUAGCUCACCGCGUGACAGCUCCCAUGGCGGAAAUUGUUCGGUUAGCUCCCUUUCAUUAGAAAAUACAUAUAUCGCCAAGAAUUGUUUUCCCCUUCUGACUAUUUUUUUCAUACACUUAAGAGUUUUUUCUAAGCCUUAGUAGAUGUAACGGAAGUAUCUUAUGUUGAGCGUAAAGGAGACAGAUAAGUUAGUUUUUUAACGUUUUGCUAGUUUAAUACGACAUAAAGAACCGAAGAAAAUGUUUAUAAAUACAUACAUAUGUGAUGUAUCACAUUCAACAAAACUUUAUCUCAAUGAGCACGCAUUGAAGAGUUCCCUAACCUUGAGAACGCUUUCUCAUUCAUAUUGCAAAUAACUAAGUAUGUGCAACCUAAAUGUUUCUUUAGAAAGUACGAGAUUAAUUUGCUACAUCAUUGCAGAACAAGCUGAAAAAUACGAAUGAAGAAGCAUAGAAUGAUGAUGUUGGUCAAGCAUAAGCAACAAGAAUACAGAGAGAUAAUAGUUAGAAGAUAUAAAUGUACAUCUUAACUCCAAGCAAAAUGUAUAUUUUAUUACGGCGAAUAUGUCUUUUUCUAAGCAAAAUUAAUUUGUAAGCUAAAUACCGCUAGGAACCCAUAGUAAUCUGCUUUGACCAGCCAACGAACUAAAAAACUCAGCAUACUCCAAACACCAACUCUAGAUCAUAUGGGAAACAUUUUUCCAGUUGAGAUCUAGAUUCUAGAAUUCUUUUUAAAUUAAUCGAAAUGGACAAAUAAAAAUACGAUAGUUAACAUCGGAAAAGACUAUUAUAAC